GCAGCAGAAGAACCGUCCGCUCUCCCACACCCCUCCCUCUCCCCCUUCCCGCCUCAAACUGAACUGCACAUGUUCCAUCGAGGCACACCGGACUGGCUGACCGGGGCGGGCGGCUGAAAGCCUUGAUGCCUUCAUGCAUGCAGUCAGCAGCCGCCAACUCGCCCACUACCCUGCUUGUCCUACCCUUCUCCCCCCGCGCGCGCCCCCAUCCCAUCCCCUCGUCCCCAUCCAAACGCCGUUGUCAUCGCCGCCGCGGCCGCCCCGGAAUCAAUCCUACCUAGGCGCCCGCCAGCCUUGCAAAACAAGUCGACAUUGUACUCCGUAGUCCUCGUUGAACCAUGGCCGACGCCCCCUUGUCCCGGUCCUCCCACCCCGGUCGUCGUCGACGGCGGCGACACGUGCAGCAUGGUGCAGAGGAGACGGCGGAGGCGGAGAGCCUCCUCGGCGGCGUGGCCGACGCCUGGGGCGAAGGCGACGACGCUUAUCAGGACGAGCCCGAGGACUGUUCGUCUUCUUCGUCUUCGCCUGCCUCGACGACUGUGACGCCUCGCAGCACCUUCAUCAUGGCCGACUCGGACAAUCCUCGCGCCCUCGAGGAGGGCCAUCGUCCCCGGAGGCCCACGGCGGCCACCGUCUCGUCCUCGUCCUCGUCCACCGCUCCCCUCCCCAUGGUGGCGACCACAACGAGCGCCACGUCCUCGGGCUCGCAGCUCAGGAGCAUCGCCUCGGCCGUCAAUUCCGACAGGAAGGGGCCUGCUCUGGUGGAAGUGACGGUCAACCCCCACGUCGGCGAUCCGUACUUUGUCGGUACCAUCUACAAGGACGAGUCAAACGGUUCGCAAACCGUGCACUCGGAAAAAGGUGAAGGAGUGUACUUGCGACACGUCAAGAACCUGUCUAGGCAAUGGCCGCGCCUGAGAUACCUAGCCGAGUUCAUGGAGGCCGGGACGGUGCCCAAGAAAAGCGCCGCCCUGGACCUCAACGAUGUCAUGCAGCGUCGCGCCCGCGUCAAGGUGGCCCUGGUCGACUUUACCGACCCGCACGACAUCAAGCAAGAAACGUUCACCACCGGCGAGGCCCUGGCGCGUGGGCUAAAGAACAGCUUCGCGCUGACGGACACCGCGACCAAACGCAACCGCCUCUUUGUCGCCGAGGACCUGUCGAGCACAAGCAUCGAGGUGCUCGGCGCCGGGCUCGACAUGGACCCGACAUUCUUCCGCGGUCAUCUCGAAGACCACACGUGGUUCAACAUCAAGGACGACUGGGUGGAGAUGCCCGAGCUCGAGUCGCAGUCUCAGGGCCGCGACUUUGUGACGCUUGCAUACAUGAAGCCCAGGUUCUUCGAGGACGAGUCCGUCUCGGACCGCGCGCGCGACCACGCCGGCGAGUGGAACGUGCUGCGGCGCAUCGACUUUGAGGGACAGGUCAAGUCGGGCAAGAAUGCGUGGUGGGAGGACUCACCGCACGAGGUGGGCUUGCUUCGGAGCAAGGUGAGCAUCUGGAGCCGACAGGACGACGACGGCUGGACCGGCGUCAUCCUCGUCGACCCGCACGUGGACGCAGGCCACCCUCUGUGGAACGGCUACGGCAGGCUGAGCUCGCCGCCGGGCCUCGACGACCCGGAGCCGGACUCGAGGCACCUGGCCGACAUGGGCCUGUUCGAGGGGCUGACGUCGACCAUCGGGGGCCUGUCGGCGCAGGACCGCGACCGGCUGGCCGCCGACCCGGAGCACGUCACGUCACACGUGUACCCCUUCAUCUUCGCCGAGGUGCUCGUCACGCUCGAGUAUUCCUUCACGGGGCUAUUCCAGAUCGAGUGGCUGCUCGACUCGGCGCGCACGCGCAAGCUCGACGGCCUCGAGUCGUGCAUCGACAGCCUGCACAAGUGGCAGCGCCGCCUGCCCUUUUAUGUCGAGUACAUUCAGGAUGGCAUCACAGCGCUCGAGGGCCGCUACCACCACGCGCUUUCGGACAAGGGAAGGGGCGCUGGGGGUGCGGGAGCAGGAGCAGGGGCGGCAGCGGCAGCGGUGGCGGCAUCGGGCUGCUGGCAGGCAGGGGUGCGACGCGACCUCGGCAGCCUCCUCGCGCGGCUGCAGGUGCUGCAGCUGCGGGCAGACAAGAUCAUGCAAAUGGCCGUGGCCAUCAUCAGCAUCGAGGAGACGAAGCGGGCCAUGCUCGAAAGCCGCAACAUGGGCCGCAUCACGUACCUGGCGUUCGUCUUCGUGCCCAUGAGCUUCGUGACGAGCUUCCUCAGCAUGAACGAGGAGCUGAGCCAGCGCAGCGCCAUCGUGUACUGCGUCUUCUUCGCCGUCGCGGUCCCGCUGAGCCUCGUCGCCGUCCUGCUCGCGCUGUACUGGAACAGGAUCAUGCAGUGGUGGGAGGCGCGCGAGGAGGGCAAGAAGAAGCAGAAGCGUAAGAAGCAGCAGCUCCAAGACGUGAAGAAAGUAUGAGGGCGUUUUUCUUCUUCUUCUUUUUUCGAAAAAAAUGAUCACGUAAUGACGCAUACGAAGGUACGACGACGGGGUUAAGGAUCCGUUGGCAAGCGCUGUUCUAGAACAUUUGGUGUUGGAAAUAACUACAUACCUUUUUGUUUUGCUGAGACGUAUGAUGGCACUGGCGGCCACAGUCACUGUAUGGAACAUCUCGCUCAUGUCGGGCGUGCUUCGUCAAGCUACCCCUGCAACAUGAAGUGUGGGGGUGGGAAUGGGAUGAUAAUGAGUAUCCGCUCAAGGGCAUCAGCAAGAAUCUGGCAGCCGUCGGCCUGAUGCAGUCUGCGCAGACAAGACAGACAGAG